ACUAUCCGACUGUCAACAAUUUCGUUCGGAACUAGCUAGACAAGAACGCGUUUCGGGUGGAACACUUUGCUGCUGGGUGGACCUCUGGAUGCCAAGCAAGCUGCUCCUUGAGAUUCUUGGUUGGCGGUUGGCUUUUUUUGCUUCCAUGAUCCUCAAUAACAAAAGUGAGACAACUACUUUUCUCGCUCCUUCCCACUAGCUAGCUAGCUCGAUGAACUGGGCACUACAGUACCUUGCUUCUAGCUAAUCUCGCGAGUUCCUGAAUAGAAACCUGGUGGAUGGAGGAGAGAGAGAGAGAAUCUGACUUCUAAAGACUCUCAUUUUUUGGAAUUUCUCGAGCUAAUCGAGAGAUCUUCUUACAGUCGUACAGUACCGGUACAUCCAUCCCAUACCUUCAAGUAGUGCAAAAGAUGACUCGACUUGGAUUUUGGCUUGUGUGUUGGCUCUUCUGUUUGUGGCAGUUGCCCGUGCUAGUCAGUGGAGGUCUCCUCCGUGGACUGCAAGAUGAGACGAACAACGACAAUACGGCCGCCAUUGUGGGUGGAACCGUGACGAGUUUUAGCCAACACCGUUACUUUGUGGACAUGGAUUGGUGCGGUGGGAGUCUCAUUUGGGAAGAUAUUGUCAUGACGGCCGCCCAUUGCGACGGGAGUGGCUGGACGGUCAAAUUAGGUCCUUCCCAAGUGUCUCGCAACGUGGUGGCACGACGGGUGCAUCCCAAUUACAACAGUUUCUCGAAUCGAUUCGAUAUCAUGGUGGCCAAAAUCAACAGUCCCGUGCCGGCCGCUACCAUUAUUGGACUCAACAGCAACGGUGGAUCUCCGUCGGAUGGAGAUGCGUUGGAUGUCAUUGGUUUGGGUGCCACAUCCGAAGGAGGAGGAUACGAUGGACAGUUGAGAAUUGUUACCGUCAAUUACGUGCCCAAUAAUGAAUGCAAUCAGCUAUAUGGAGGGGAUAUCACCAGUGACAUGCUUUGCGCCGGAGUCGACGGUGGCGGCAAGGACUCGUGCCAGGGCGACAGUGGUGGACCCAUCUUUGAAGGAAAUACCGUCGUGGGUGUUGUUUCCUGGGGAGAAGGGUGUGCUCGUCCCAACUUUCCAGGUGUUUAUUCUCGAGUCUCUUCGUCGUACGCAUGGAUUCAACAAAGCAUUUGCGAUCUCUCCGACAAUCCUCCAGGAAGCUGUGGAGGAGCCGCCACCAAUCCACCCACCAACCCGCCCACUAGUCCUCCUACCAAUCCACCCACCAGUCCGCCGACUCCUGGACCUCCAACGACCGGGACACCCACCAGGCCGCCUGUACCUUCCAGCACACCUACGGAACCCCCCACCAAUCCACCAACACUUCCACCCACUAACCCUCCCACGGCAUGUCAAGAUGACGAUUGGAGUCUUGGUGGCGGAUGGGGAAAUGGAAAUGGAGACUGCAAUGGAAAUGGAAAUGGUCCAACCGACCCACCCACAGACCCACCAACUGACCCACCCGUAACAAGUCCGCCCACAGAACCACCAACAACUCGCAAUCCCACUUUUGCUCCCACGAGGGCACCGACGAAUCCACCCACGGACCCACCUACCGAUGCUCCGACGGACCCUCCAACCGAUGCCCCCAUCGCCACACCCACCACCAAUGCUCCCACUGGAACACCCACCAAUCCUCCUACUGAUCCCCCUACGGAACCUCCGACAGAGCCACCGACCGAAGCUCCCACAGAUCCUCCAACCGAUGCACCCAUUGCGCCCACGGAUCCCCCUACAGAACCUCCCACUAAUGCUCCUACGGAACCUCCUACCGAUGCACCAGUGGACAGCAAUCGAGAUGGAGAUGAUGAUUGGGACAUUAAUGGAGGCUGGGGUGAUGAUUGGUGGAACCGUCAGUAAUACUGUAGCAGCAGAGCAGAGCCAACAAUAAUAUCAUGCUAACUAAGCAAAGAAGUACUCCACACAGCAACCGCCUUGUACAGUGUAAGAACCGCUAGCUAGUCUAGGCGGCGUAGUUCCUUCGUAGUAGAGAUUCUUCAUCUCGUCUUUAGGUGUCACGUGAGCCAAGAAGAUCGUCUCGUGGUCAGGGCUGCGCCAUGGUUCCGGUGUGGCUGGUCAACCCCGGGGCAUAAUCCUGCGCUGUUCCCAAGUAGGGGGCAACGUCAUCGAUCGAGACUAGCUAGAGAGAUGAUUACAUGGGCUUCAAUGAUGGCGUGAUCAACCACGUGACACUGCAACAACCAUAAAGCAUUGGAGUUGCAAGAAGAGGAUGGGUACCCCACGAACUGAUGGCUCUAUUAUCAACUAGAAUCACUGGCAAUAUUAUUAACCGGGCACUAUUUAUUUUAGCUAUGCUUGCUAGACUC